GUUGUGUCAGGCGCGAUGGCUUCAAGGUUACUGCGGGGCGCCGGGGCGCUGGCGGUCCAGGCCUUGAGGGCCUGUGGCCCUGCUCGGGUGGCCGCUCGCUCCAUGGCGACCGGAGGAGGUAUCCCUUCUGAUGAGGAGCAGGCUACUGGCUUGGAGAGAGAGAUUAUGAUCGCUGCAAGGGAUGAUUUGGAUCCAUACAAUAUUCUAGCCCCAAAGGCAGCUCCAGGAACUAAGGAGGAACCCAACCUGGUCCCUUCCAUCACUGACAAGCGAAUAGUGGGUUGUGUCUGUGAAGAGGACAACAGUGCAGUCAUCUGGUUCUGGCUUCACAAAGGCGAGACACAGCGUUGCCCUAACUGUGGAACCCAUUACAAGCUGGUACCCCAGCAGUUUAGUCACUGAGCCCCUGAGAUUUACUUGAGAUUUACUUGAGAUGUGUUGUAAUGUUUUUUCCCUCCAAUAAAAGACUAGCCAUUUCCCUGGCUCUCCCAUAAUAUAA